AUGAAGGCCGUUUCCCGAGUCUUGACGGCUGCUCUAGCCGCGGUAUCGUUCUUCGGUUCUGCCCUUGCACAGAGCUCAACGCCCACAACCUUCACUGAUGCGGAUACUGGCAUCAUCUUCAACACAUGGUCCGUCCCUGAGAGCUCGACCAAGGGCGGCCUGACCUUUGGUGUGGCACUGCCGUCCGACGCCCUCUCUGUUGAUGCUACCGAGUUCAUCGGUUAUCUGCAAUGCUCCUCCAAGGAUGCAAAACAGACUGGCUGGUGUGGCAUGUCUCUAGGCGGCCCGAUGACCAAUAACCUCUUGCUCAUGGCCUGGCCCAACGAUGGCAAGAUCCUGACCUCGUUCCGCUACUCCUCUGGGUACAGCAUGCCAGAUGUCUACACCGGCAACGCCAAGCUCACCCAGAUCUCCUCGACCAUCACCGACAGCCACUACACCCUCAUCUUCCGGUGCCAGAACUGCCUGGCCUGGAGCAUGAACGGCAGCAGUGGCAAGGCCUCGACCAGCAAGUCCCUUCUGGUUCUCGGCUGGUCCCAGGCCUUCCCCGCGCCGGGAAACCCCAGCUGCCCCGAGCAGAUCACCCUGCUGCAGCACGACAACGGCCAGGGCAUCUGGGGAGGCCAGCUGAACAAGGACGUCGCCAACCCUUCGUACACGGCCUGGGCUGCCCUCGCGACCAAGACGGUCACGGGUAGCUGCGGUGGUCCCGUCACCACCUCUAUCGCCGCCACGCCCGUCCCGACCGGCACCACGUUCGACUACGUCGUGGUCGGCGGGGGCGCUGCUGGCAUCCCCAUCGCGGACAAGCUCAGCGAGUCCGGCAAGAGCGUGCUGCUCAUCGAGAAGGGGUUCCCUUCCUCCGGGCGAUGGGGCGGUAAGCUUAAGCCGACGUGGCUGGACGGCACCAACCUCACGAGGUUCGAUGUCCCCGGUCUCUGCAACCAGAUCUGGGUCGACUCGACGGGCAUUGCUUGCACAGACACCGACCAGAUGGCUGGCUGCGUCCUCGGUGGCGGUGCUGCUAUCAACGCUGGUCUCUGGUGGAAGCCUUACACUCUGGACUGGGACACCGACUUCCCGGCCGGCUGGCGCGCGUCGGACAUGGCCGCCGCCACCAAGCGCGUCUUCUCGCGCAUCCCGGGCACCGACGCGCCCUCGGCCGACGGCAAGGUCUACAUCCAGGAGGGCUUCGACGUGCUGGCCGGCGGCCUCGCGGCCGGCGGCUGGAGGCAGGUGAGCGCCAACGACGCGCCGGGCCAGAAGAACCGCACGUUCGCGCGCACGCCCUACAUGUUUGCGCACGGCGAGCGCGGCGGGCCCAUGGCGACGUACCUCGUCAGCGCGGCGGGGCGGCCCAACUUCAAGCUGUGGAUGAACACGGCCGUCAGGCGCGUCGUGCGCGACGGCGGGCACGUCACGGGCCUCGAGGUCGAGGCCUUCCGCGACGGCGGGUACGUCGGCACCGUCAACCUGACGGCCGUCACUGGCCGCGUCGUCCUCUCGGCGGGCACCUUUGGCAGCGCCAAGAUCCUCAUGCGGAGCGGCAUCGGCCCCAAGGAUCAGCUGCAGGUCGUCCAGAACUCGUCGGCGGACGGGUCGACGAUGAUCGACCAGAAGAGCUGGAUCGACCUGCCUGUUGGGUAUAAUCUUAUUGAUCACACCAACACUGACACUGUUGUCUCCCACCCUGACGUGGUCUUUUAUGAUUUCUACCAGGCCUACACUGAUCCCAUCCCGUCGGACAAGGAUCACUACCUGAAUGGUCGCACCGGUAUCCUCACCCAGGCUGCUCCCAACAUUGGUCCUAUCUUCUGGGACGAGAUCAAGGGCUCCGAUGGCAUCGUCAGGCAACUCCACUGGACUGCUAGAGCCGAGGGCAGCGCCGGCGUACCUAACGGAACCACCUCAACAACAGAGGCCAUGACCAUGAGCCAGUACCUCGGCCGCGGCAUGACCUCGCGCGGGCGCAUGACCAUCACGCCUGCGCUGUCGACCGUCGUCUCGACCGUGCCCUACCUGCGUGACCCGCACGACACCGAGGCCGUCAUCCAGGGCAUCAAGAACCUGCAGGCCGCGCUCAGGAACGUCAAGAACCUGACCUGGAACUACCCCGACGCCAACACCACCGUCGAGGACUUUGUCAACAACAUGCUCGUCUCGUACUCGAACCGCCGCGCGAACCACUGGAUGGGCACGGCCAAGCUGGGCAGCGACGACGGCCGGCUGAACGGCGGCACGGCCGUCGUGGACCUCGACGCGCGCGUCUGGGGCACCGACAACCUCUUCGUCGUCGACGCCUCCAUCUUCCCGGGCAUGGUGACGACCAACCCGACGUCGUACAUCGUCAUCGCCGCCGAGCGCGCCUCGGAGCGCAUCCUCGCGCUGCCCGACAACCGCGCCGCCAAGAGGUACGGGCAGUGCGGCGGCAGGAACUUCAACGGGCCGUUCCUCUGCGAGCCGGGCACCAGGUGCACGGCGCAGAACGAGUACUACUCGCAGGUGAGCUUUCGCUUCUCUUCCUUUUCUCCUUCGGCCGUUAUGGAGAGAUGCGUUGGGUGCGGAUGUGCUGACCUUGUCUCCGCCGCGAUGUAG